ACUUUCGCCAUCCAACCGACUCCAAAGCGGAAAACUGAAGAGGAUUCAAACCCCCAACCCAAAAACACACGGGUCGAGAAAACUCCCCCUACGGCUAACUCGGCCCAGACCGACGGACCUGAAGCCUCCCCCAAGAGACCACCACAAAUAACUCCGAGAGACCAGAACCAAAUACAAGAAGACAGAACACGAAGUCCUGACCUCGGCCAACAAUCGCACACGGCUACAAGCCCCAACCCACGCCCCACCCAAGAACCAGCGACCAACAACCACCGCCAUAGCAUCCGCACAAGGAUGAGACCACUCGACAUCUGGGAUCGAGCAACCAAACCGGAGUCAUCGGGGAGACGAGAGUCGAAGACAACCUCCCGAGUCAGACCUCUGUCCCAGCGCAAACCUAUCCACUCCCUCCACCAAGAGCCGGCUGACCGAAUAACGCGCCCCGAACCCCCACCGUUUUCACCUCACCACAAAACCGACAGAAUCCCCCACAAAACCAACAGAAACCCCAAAGGCACAAAGCGAAAGAGAGCAUCCGGUGGCGGACACUCCCCGUCUCAACCCCAGGAGGAGAUGGAGGAAAAGAAGAAGCAAAGGCCGGCGAACCCGACCAAUCUACAGCGCCCAUCACCCCGUCAAAAAACCGCCACCAAAACAGCCGACGAGCUUGCCCAAGGACGGCAAGGGGGUGAGGGCUGCGCUGGAAGGAACGUCUCUACGAAGGCGCCAGAGCACAGCCGGGAGGAGGCAACUCAAAAUAGAUCAAAAGAGGCGAGCUACUACAGUAGUUGGGGGAUUAGGGAUAUUGGGAACGAAGAGCUGUCUGUGAAUGCU